CAGUCAGUACAGUCUACAGCUAAGAGAGUUGUUAGCUAGCGUUAGGUGUUUGCUGGGCCGAAAGGAUGGGUGUAUCAGAUUUACAGUUUGAUACAAAUUCUGGCCCUGUGUUGGAUCUUUCAGCCAGAGGUAUGCAGAAGCUGGAUCCCAAUUUCAUCUGCUCUGAGGACACUCACACUCUCAUUUUGGACAGAAACAACAUCAUGAAGCUGGACCACCUGGAGAGGAGCCCUGGCCUUCAGCAGCUUUCUGUAGCUAGUAACCGUCUGGUGAGAAUGAUGGGGGUGUCUCGACUGACAGAGUUGAGAGUCCUCAACCUUCCCAACAAUAGUAUCGGCUACAUCGAGGGGCUAAGAGAUCUGCCUCAUCUUAAGUGGCUCAACUUGUCUGGGAACAAUAUUAAGGUCAUUGAGCAACUUAACAACUGUGUCUCCCUUCAACAUCUGGAUCUGUCUGACAAUAACAUCAAUACUAUUGGUGACCUGACUAAACUGGCGGCAUUAAAGACGCUUUUACUCCAUGGAAACAGCAUUACGACACUUCGUACUGUUCCUGCUCACCUACCUGCCCAUUUAUCCAUUCUCUCAUUGGCAGAAAAUGAGAUAAGGGAUCUCAAUGAAGUGUCAUACCUGGCGCCUCUUCAUGAACUGGAGCAGCUGUCCAUUAUGAGCAACCCUUGUGUUAUGGCGACGCCCUCAUUGCCAGGUUUUGAUUAUCGGCCAUACAUCAUGAGUUGGUGCCUGAGCCUGAAGGUUUUGGAUGGCUAUGUGGUGUCGCAGAAAGAAGGUCUAAAAGCAGAGUGGCUCUACAGUCAGGGUAAAGGUCGUUCAUACAGACCAGGACAGCAUGUUCAGCUGGUUCAGUACUUGGCCACUGUUUGCCCUCUGACUGCAUCACCAGCCCUGGAGACAGCAGAAGAUGCCAAACUGGAGAAGAUCCUAAAUAAACAGAGGUUUCAUCAAAGGCAGCUGUUAGAGGAGACCCGGGGAGGCUGCCCCAGCCUUCCUCGUCCAACUCAACUAGAUGUGGAGAAGCACAGUCCUUCACAUGCAGCCCCACAGGGGGGAGCUCGAGAAGCAAAGAAAAUCACUGCACCUGGACCAGCUGCUGCUCCAUCAGGCCUGGAGACGGAGCCAGUGGUGCAGUUUAACACCUGGAUGAGCUCUGAUUCUUCUCAUCCAUCACUGCCGGUAGUUCGCAGCCCAAGGCUUGGAGAGGACCACAUUUAUUUAGAGGAUGUGCAAACAGAUGAGGACAAACUCAACAGCAGCUUGCUUUCCUCAGAGUCCACCUUUCUCCCCCUCACAUCCGAUCUGGAACCACACACCACCCGCUCUGACAGCGAGGAUGAAACUGAGACAUUUGAGCCCGAUUCACUGGCUCCAAUGCGACCAGCACAGCCCAAAAAGCACAACACAAACAAGACACAUCAUUCGCCCCCAGUGGAUAAGCACGAGAGGAAGAUUCUUGAAGAAGAAGUUAUUUCCGGUGCCACCACAACAUCUGGAUCACCGGGUGUCAGAGUUAGCACACCACAAAAAGAUGUGGAAGCGUCCUCUGAUUUUGGUCAAGCAGAGAUGAAAGAAGCCCCCAAGCAGGAGGAAGCUGGCAUGUGUGGCAGUAAAUCAAGUGUGAUGGAAGCAGACAGAGCAGUGAUUAAAAUACAGUCCUGGUGGAGGGGACACUAUACUCGGUGUUGUCACCCCAUGGCCAGAGAGGUGCGCAGUGAAAUCCGCCUGCGCAGGAUGCAAGACCACAUCGUGUUUCUGUCUGACAAGUUGGACACUGUGCAGAAGCAGUAUGAGGAAGAGCGGUUACAAAGGCUGGUUCAGGAAGAAGCUGUGAAGUUUCUGUGGAAAGAGCUCCAGUCCAUGCAGCAGUGGAAGCAGUCUGUGGAACAGCAGCUAGCAGCCAUCACUCAGGCUGGCGCCCCAGCUCAGAUCUCAUCCCCUGGACUUUGUAAGGCAGCCCCACCUGUUGCCUCCAGCACCACGAACCCACCCAGCACAGACGCUUCCUUCCCCGAUUCUGGCUUCCAGUCGACCAGUGAUCAGCAGGCAGCGCAGGAGGACAGCUUCCUGAGCAGCGGGACAGCAGACUCUCUGAAGACGGUACGAGCGCUGAGCCCCGUUCGUAGCGGCUUCGCUGUCGGUAGCGAGGGCGCGGACAGCGCAGACUGCAGCCUGCUGGAGCAAUACCUGUCCUCGGUGCAGCAGAGGGAGGAGGAGGCUGAGGAAGUGAGUAGCGAUCGAACAGAAACACCACAACCCUCCUCACCAGCGUCACCCAGCAGUAAAGCACAGACCAACUCCCCCCAGCAGAAGGCAGCAGAUAGCACUCCUGGCUCUGUCUGAGAAUCUUCACCUAACGGACACCUGUACAGAAUACUGAGUGUAUGUAAACUGGCACAGAGCGUAAGACUGAGAUGCGUCGCUCCCUCUUGAGACUUUGAAAACUGCACUUAUCUUGACUACUGACCUAGAUCUCAUUUAACAGUGCUCUUAGUUUCUACUGUUUGUCAAGACUGAACCCAGAACAAGCUUGAAGCACUAUCUUACUGUGAAUGUAACUCCAGUUUGUUUUUUAUACUUCACUACUUGGACCUGUUCUGUUAUUAACGCACAUUUUUCUCUCUGUGUAAAGACAAUGAUUGUGAUGUAGCUUCAGAAGGUAUCAGUAACGUAAAGGCCGUUGUUUUAUGUGAGCAGGUUACUACCUCUACUGAUGAAAACAGGCAUGUUGUAACCUGUUCUAUUUAUCUAUAUCCACUGCAACAUAUACUUGUGAUAAACUACAAUUAUUCCGAUUAGGAGUUGAUGUGUUAAAUGCAAUACACUUGUAACCACAGAUGUGCUGUACUGUAUUGACAUACAGUGUCAAUGGAUGAACCAUUUUGUACCAACUUUAGCUUCAGGUCGUUACCUGAUUAACAGAAGAAUGUUGUAGCAUCCUUAUCUUAAGAAAAAUGUAAAUAAAUCUGCAAUUAUACUUUUCUAAA